AGCGCCCAGCCACCCGCGGGUGUGUGCUGUUGUAGAAGUAUUUGAAGUACUGUCCAAAGAUGGCCAGCUUGAUGACUCAGAGUGUCUUGACUUAUGUGGAAGAAGGGAAUGUUCCUGCUCUGAAAGCGCUUCUUGAAAAGUGUAAGGAUGUGGAUGAGAGAAAUGAGAAUGGUCAGACUCCAUUAAUGUUGGCUGCCGAGCAGGGCAAUUUAGAAAUUGUCCAAGAGCUGCUUAAGAAGGGAGCUAACUGCAACUUGGAAGACUCCGAUAACUGGACAGCUCUUAUUUCGGCAUCCAAGGAAGGACAUGUAGAUAUUGUAGCAGAACUGCUCAACUGUAAUGUUAAUUUGGAGCACCGGGAUAUGGGAGGAUGGACAGCUUUAAUGUGGGCAUCCUAUAAAGGUCGUACUGAAGUAGCUGAGCUUCUUCUUGAGAAGGGAUCAAAUCCAAACAUCACGGGGCUGCAAUACAGUGUUUAUCCUGUCAUUUGGGCAGCAGGACGAGGUCACUCAGAUAUAGUACGACUCUUACUGCAACAUGGGGCUAAAGUGAACUGCUCUGACAAAUAUGGAACCACACCACUGAUUUGGGCUGCAAGGAAGGGUCAUUUGGAGUGUGUAAAGUACCUGUUGCAGAUGGGAGCUGAUGUUGACCAAGAAGGGGCUAACUCUAUGACUGCACUUAUUGUAGCAGUAAAAGGUGGUUACACUGACUCUGUAAAGGAAAUUCUGAAGAGGAACCCAAAUGUGAAUUUAACCGAUAAAGAUGGAAAUACAGCUUUGAUGAUUGCAUCGAAGGAGGGUCACACAGAAAUUGUGCAGGAUCUCCUUGAUGCUGGAACAUAUGUGAACAUUCCUGAUAGGAGUGGCGACACUGUGCUGAUUGGUGCUGUUAGAGGCGGUCAUGUUGAAAUUGUGAGGGCCCUGCUCCAUAAAUAUGCUGACAUAGACAUCAGAGGCCAGGAUAAUAAAACUGCUUUAUAUUGGGCAGUUGAAAAAGGAAAUGCCACAAUGGUGAGAGAUAUUUUGCAAUGCAAUCCUGAUACAGAAAUAUGCACAAAGGAUGGAGAAACACCACUUAUAAAGGCAACAAAGAUGAGAAAUAUUGAAAUAGUAGAGCUUUUGCUGGAUAAAGGAGCUAAGGUUUCUGCUAUAGACAAGAAAGGAGAUACUCCGCUUCACAUUGCCAUUCGGGGACGGAGCCGUAAACUUGCAGAACUCCUUUUAAGAAAUCCCAAAGAUGGCAGACUGCUUUACCGGCCCAACAAAGCUGGGGAGACACCUUACAAUAUUGACUGUAGCCACCAGAAAAGCAUUUUAACUCAGAUAUUUGGAGCCAGACACUUAUCUCCUACUGAAUCUGAUGGUGACAUGUUGGGUUAUGACCUCUACAGUAGUGCGUUGGCUGAUAUUCUUAGUGAACCAACCAUGCAGCCACCUAUUUGUGUAGGACUUUAUGCGCAGUGGGGAAGUGGGAAAUCUUUCCUGCUCAAAAAACUGGAAGAUGAAAUGAAAACUUUUGCAGGACAGCAGAUUGAACCUCUGUUCCAGUUCUCUUGGCUUAUUGUAUUCCUUACACUCAUGGUCUGUGGAGGUCUGGGUUUAUUGCUUGCUUUCACAGUGGACACCAAGCUUGGAAUAGCAGUGGCACUGAGUUUGUUAGCAGUUCUAUAUAUAUUUUUUGCUGUGAUUUAUUUUGGUGGCCAAAGAGAAGGAGAGAGCUGGAACUGGGCUUGGGUGUUGAGUACAAGAUUGGCAAGACACAUUGGAUACUUGGAGCUACUUCUCAAACUGAUGUUUGUAAACCCACCAGAAUUACCGGAGCAAACCACUAAAGCUUUACCCGUUAGAUUUCUGUUUACUGACUACAAUAGACUGUCCAGUGUAGGAGGAGAAACUUCAUUGGCUGAAAUGAUUGCUACCCUUUCUGAUGCAUGUGAAAGGGAAUUUGGUUUCUUAGCAACAAGGCUUUUUCGAGUGUUCAAGACAGAAGAUACACAAGGUAAAAAGAAAUGGAAAAAAACUUGUUGUCUCCCAUCCUUUGUUAUCUUCCUCUUCAUAUUGAGUUGCAUUAUCGCUGGGAUCACGUUGCUGGCCAUUUUUAACAUAGAUCCAAAGAACAUGACUGUGAAUGCUAUACUGAUAUCAGUUGCAUGUGUUGUCGGUUUGGCCUUUAUUUUGAACUGUCGUACAUGGUGGCAAGUAAUAGAUUCAGUCUUGAAUUCCCAGAGGAAACGUCUUCAUAAUGCUGCUUCCAAGCUUCACAAGCUGAAAAGUGAAGGGUUUAUGAAGGUUCUGAAAUGUGAAGUGGAACUGAUGGCCAAAAUGGCAAAAACCAUUGAUAGCUUCACUCAGAAUCAGACAAGGCUUGUUGUAAUCAUUGAUGGAUUGGAUGCGUGUGAACAGGACAAAGUUCUUCAGAUGCUAGACACAGUACGAGUCCUGUUUUCAAAAGGACCAUUUAUUGCUAUUUUUGCAAGUGACCCACACAUCAUUAUAAAGGCAAUUAACCAGAAUCUAAAUAGUGUGCUACGAGAUUCAAAUAUAAAUGGACAUGAUUACAUGAGAAAUAUAGUCCAUUUGCCUGUUUUUCUUAACAGUCGUGGUCUUAGUAGUGCAAAAAAGCUGAUGGUAGCUGCAACUACCAAUGGAGAUGUUCCAUAUUCAGAUAAUACAGGAUUGCAUGAAGAAGUUGACAGAAGGGUUUCUCAGAAUAGCCUUGGAGAGAUGACCAAACUUGGCAGCAAAACUGCUCUCAAUAGGCGGGAUACUUAUAGAAGACGACAGAUGCAGCGUACUAUUACUCGCCAGAUGUCUUUUGAUCUGACCAAGCUUCUAGUCACAGAAGACUGGUUCAGCGAUAUCAGUCCUCAGACGAUGAGAAGAUUACUCAAUAUUGUUUCUGUGACAGGACGUUUGUUGAGAGCAAAUCAGAUCACUUUCAACUGGGAUAGACUAGCUAGUUGGAUCAACCUUACAGAGCAGUGGCCAUACAGAACAUCUUGGCUGAUACUGUAUUUGGAAGAGACUGAAGGAGUUCCAGAUCAACUGACUUUAAAAACCAUUUAUGAGAGAAUUUCAAAGAAUAUUCCAACAACUAAAGAUGUUGAACCUUUGCUUGAAAUUGAUGGGGACAUCCGGAACUUUGAAGUAUUUUUGUCUUCACGAACACCGGUUCUAAUAGCACGUGAUGUAAAAAUCUUUUUGCCAUGUACUGUGAACUUAGAUCCAAAGCUACGAGAAAUCAUUGCAGAUGUUCGUGCUGCACGAGAUCAAAUGAACAUUGGAGGACUUCCAUAUCCCACGCUGCCAUUACACGAGGCACCUGCUAGAGCAUCUUCAGUGUUCAGUCAGCCUUCUUCAGUCUGCUCUUCAUCCACCUCCUUCAAUGGACCUUUCAAUGGUGGAGUUUUAUCGCCACAACCUCACAGCAGCUACUACAGUGGUAUGACAGGACCUCAGCAUCCAUUUUAUAAUCGACCAUUCUUUGCCCCAUAUGUUUACAUGCCAAGGUAUUACCCUGGCAGUUCUCAUCUCAUCUCACGUCCACCACUAAAAACAAGUUUGUCCAGGGAUCAGAGCAAUGGCCUAGGCACAGGAGCCAUCACAGGAUCAGUGACAGGAGGAUCACAUGCAUCUUUGAGCUCUAUGACGGUGGAAAGCGUAUGUGAAAAGCUGAAGCAGAUAGAAGGUCUGGACCAGAAUAUGCUCUCUCAGUACUGUGCAACAAUAAAAAAGGCAAACAUAAAUGGUCGUGUCUUGGCUCAGUGUAACACUGAAGAACUGAAACGGGAGAUGAACAUGAAUUUUGGUGACUGGCACCUUUUCAAAAGCAUGGUACUGGAAAUGAGAAAUUCAGAAAAUCAGGCAGUUCAUGAAGAUUCUCGUGGGGCAAAUGAACAUGUUACCAAUGUGAUUCCUCAUAAUGAGCUUGCUCGUCGUUCAGGGCAUAACAGUGAAUUGCCUCACACUGAGCUUACAGGUCUUUCUGGUCAAGCUCCCUAUGCUCUCAACUUCAGCUUUGAAGAACUGAACACAAUUGGUCUUGAUGAAGCUCCUCCUCGACACAGUAACUUAAGUUGGCAGUCACAAACUCGCAGAACUCCCAGUCUCUCAAGUCUCAAUUCUCAAGAUUCUAGUAUUGAAAUCUCAAAGCUUACUGAUAAGGUGCAAGCAGAAUAUAGAGAUGCGUAUAGAGAAUAUAUUGCUCAAAUGUCCCAACUAGAAGGGGGUGCAAGUUCCACUACUGUAAGUGGCAGGUCCUCCCCACAUAGCACAACAGCCUUCUAUAUGGGGCAGAGUACAUCAGGAGGCUCUCUCCAUUCCAGUAUUGAACAAGAAAAAGGAAAGGAUGGUGAACAGAAACAAGAUGAUGGAAGAAAGUCCUUUCUCCUGAAGAGAAAUGAUGUUGUAGAUUACAAUACUUCAGGUGUUUCCACUAAUGAUGCAUCUCCUUUGGAUCCUAUCACUGAAGAAGAUGAAAAAUCUGAUCAGUCGGGUUCCAAGCUUCUCCCAGGAAAGAAAUCUUCCGAAAGAACAAGCAUUUUCCAGGCAGCAGAUAUAAAACUAAAGGGAGUUACUUUGCGCUAUCAGAAACUUCCAAGUGAUGAAGAUGAGUCUGGAACUGAAGAGUCAGAUAAUACUCCACUUCUCAAGGAAGGUAAGGACAAGAAAAUGGAUGGAAAAAUGGACAAGCAGCCAAAAUCUCCAGAACAUGGAUCUGAGCCUAUCAGAACCUUCAUCAAAGCAAAGGAGUAUUUGACAGAUGCUCUUCUAGAUAAAAAAGAUUCUUCUGACUCUGGUGUGAGAUCCAGUGAAAGUUCUCCAAAUCACUCCCUUCAUAAUGAAGGAGCAGAUGAUUCUCAGCUUGAAAAGGCAAAUCUCAUUGAACUAGAAGAUGAUAGCCACAGUGGAAAGAGAGGGAUUCCACACAGCCUGAGUGGUCUUCAAGAUCCAGCUGUAGUACGCAUGUCUAUUUGCUCAGAAGAUAAGAAAAGCCCUUCGGAGAGCAGCUUAAUAGCAAGCAGUCCUGAAGAGAAUUGGCCUGCUUGCCAGAAAGUCUAUAAUUUAAACAGAACCCCUAGUACCGUCACUCUAAAUAAUAACAGUGCUCCAGCUAAUAGAGGUAAUCACAAUUUUGAAGAAACUGAAGGUGUCAGGGAGUCCCCUCAAAUUAUCCUGCGCCCUGGCACAAGUUCUAAUUCAACUGCUGUUCAGAAUGAGAACCUGAAGAGUGUGGCUCACAAGCGAAGUCAGCGUUCUAGUUAUACCAGGCUAUCAAAAGAUGCAUCAGAGCUCCACACUGUUACUGCCUCAGAUGCUGCGGGCUUUGGAGAGGAAAGAGAGAGCAUUCUGUAAAAGAAACUGAGCAGUUCAGAGCAGUGCAUGCUUGUGUUUAAAUAAUUUUCUUGAGAUCCUUAGUUUGUCAGUUCAUGGUCAUGGUAGACGCUGCAUAUUUUUAGGUAGCCUUCCCUAACAUCUAGAUUUUUUUCCAGACAUUUUCAUGAAUAGAAAAAAUAAUGGCAUUAAACAAUAAAUAUUCUACUACCCCCCCCUUCAUGUUCCCUUCCCCAAAUAAAAUCAGUGCUUAUCCUUUACUUCACUUACUGCUUGGAAGUCAUAUUCCUUGCUAAAGAAGUAUGUAGCAAAACCAUAUUUUGGGAUUAAGUCUCCAAUGAGUAGUAUUUCUUAUAAAAAUGAAAGGUAGACUUUAAAUAUAUAUUCCAGUAUACAAAGAUCACAUUUGAUUAUCCCACCUAAUAGCUCUAAUUACAUCAAACAACAUUUUGAUUAAUGUUAUACUAUGUGGUGCUAUCUGAAUUUAGAGAAUCAGAAGUCACAACACUGAAAUCCCUCGUGUCCUUUGCAACUCAGAAUUUCAUACUUUUCUUUAACUAUUCAGUUUAUCUAGCAUAAAAAGUGUUGGUGCGUAUGUAUUUAUACAUAUAUAAUUAGCUAACUGCACAUCUCAUCACGUCAAUUUGUUCUAUAGUUACUAUUGUCUUUGCAGGUUUUAUUUGUGUGGUGUGCUGAUAGGUUUAGAAGAGAACAUUGUCUGGAUGUAGUAUUAGAACUGACAGAUACUUGGAUUGUAAUGUCCUCUCACUGAUUGAGUACUCUAUUAUAGGUACAUAAUUUCACAAUCAUUGCACUAAAUAGUUUUAACAAUCGUGUUACUCUAAUUGUAAAGACAAUGUUUGAAUGUGAAGUCUGAAUUUAUGAAGUAUGUGGUGUUUUGCAUGAUUUGUUGUUUCUCUAAUAUAUUGUUUUCCAUCUGGUUAUGGAAAGAAAAUAAGUAAUUAGUGUUUUCCAUUUUAAAAGUGAUAUUUAAUUAUCAGGUCUCAGUCAUAAUAGUGUACUAGCUUCUUUAUACUGGAAAUAUAGUAUUUGAUAAUCUCUGUUGUCAGCUAAAUAAUGUAUCUGUCUUUGUAGCAAAUACUUAAUGCUGUUAAACAAAAUUUGCAUGAUAUUGGAAAUGGUUGUUCAAUCAGUAUUCCAGUAGUAUAGAAGGAAUAAAUAACUUUGCAUGUUAGUUUUUGUGCCUGCAUUUGUUCAUUGUAGUGAUUUGUUUCUGCAGUUGACAAUAAAUAGUGUGAGGUUGGUUAAAGCA